UCUCAAGUCUCAUCGGUGCAAGUAGUACCGCGCUUUUCCAUAGUCGACUGAUAGUAAAAUUGCUCCCACAAACUCAUUUUGAUCUCUAUUUUGCUUAAUCAUGUCCUCUCUAAGCCAAUCUUCUUGGCUCUGUUCUCUUCACACUACCAAAACCAUUCAACCCUCUAAAAUAAUCAUUCCUUUUCACCCUAAAAUCAAAUCCCUGAAAUUCUCUUCUUUUACUGUAAGUAAUUCCAAAGAUCAAUCUUCUUUGACACCCAUUUCCUCAAAUGACUCUGAACAAACCUUGGAAGAGUCUAAGCCAAAUCGAGUUAAACUUGCACUUGAGAAAGCUCGAGAGUAUAAAAAAUCAUUGCAAUUGGAUGAUAAUCAAGAAAAUAGUAAUGACCCAGUAGGUGAAUCUGCUGGAAUUGUUUGUGGAAAUGUGAAUUCACCAGGGGAGGAUGAUGGUGAAGAAAAGGCGAUUCCGGAAGUGGUUAGAAGAGCUAUGGAAAAGGCAAAAGAUUAUAAAGAGAACAAAGGAGUAAUGAGCAAUGUGGAUAAUGAAAACCCAUCAGGUGAUAUGAAAGGCGGAGAUAUGGAGGUCCCUGAGGCCGUUAGAAUUGCAAUGGGGAAGGCCAACGAGUAUAAGAAGAACAAGGGGUUCGUAGAUAACAGCAGUAGCAUUGUAGAAGAUUCAAAAUUGAUAGGAUUUGAAGGAGGAAAUGCAAGCAAUAUGGGGAGUAGAAAUAAUGAGCAGAACACUGAAAAAAAAGGAGAUCUUAAAAUUUCCAGCAUUGAUUUUGUUGGCCUCAAUUUUUCGGAUAGGAAGACGGGCAGGGCACUACCAGCUGGUCUGGUUCCACUUUCAAACCCUUUUCCCGAUGAUGACUUGCCUGAGGUAGAAAUUCUUGUUGGUGAUGCCAGCAAAUUUGGAGAGGCUGCAUCUUCAGAAUCAAAGACGCCUUCGCAGGAAGAAGGUUCUGAUCUUUAUAAGCCAAAAGUUUCUACUUGGGGCAUGUUUCCCAGACCUAACAAUAUUUCCAAAACGUUUGGUGGCGGUAGAAACAUUCGCCCUGGAGAAGCACUUGAAACUCCAGAGGACAAAGCUUCUAAAGAAGCUCGCACCCGACAAUUAAUUGCUGCUUAUAAGCGUAAGAUGGGAUUAAAUAUAGAUCCGAAGCUUAAAGCAGAAUGUGAGAAGGCAUUGAAAAAUGGUGACUUACUGAUGGAUGUUGGAAAGUUGAAGGAGGCUCUACCGUUCUAUGAAACAGUUAUGGAUAAGUUGGCUUUCCAGACCGAGCUUCAUGGUUUAGCUGCUUUGCAAUGGUCAAUUUGUGAGGAUUCACUUAGUAGGUCUGAGAACGCUCGAGCUAUGUAUGAGAAGCUUCAGUCACACCCGAAUGCUGAAGUGAGCAAAAAGGCACGACAGUUCAUGUUUAGCUUCCAGGCCAUGGAGAUGAUGAAAAUUACUAGAUCAACUGGUAAACCCAAGAACACGGGCUACCAGAGCUAUUUUGAAGCUUUCGUUGAAGACAAACCAAAUUAUAGUUCCGAGAGCACGGAAGAGAAGGAAAAUGCCUUUAAUCAGGCUCUCUUGUACAUAGUGUUUCUGGCUUCACCCAUCUUACUCGUGCUACUAUAUGUUGCCAUCAAGCAAGUAUAGAUUUUGAACGACUGAGCUUUGCCGAUUACAAAUUUAACAAGUCCGAGCUGUUUCGACUCUUGUACAUCUUCGUAAUUAUUAUUCUCUCUUGAAAGGAUACGCUGUUGUACGUCACUAUAUAUGCUAGAAUUUGUCGUGCAAUCUGUAAAUGCUCCACCGGCAGAGUUACAUGUCAUAUUAUAGUUUAUGGAUGAUAAUAAUGUCGAUUGAAGGAUCUACAAGCGUUUUGGUUUUUUGUGUGUUGUGGUCUCCGUUCCAGGAGAAUAUUGUUCGAGGUGGCCGACUGUUGUCUUCUAUGAUUGAAAUGAAAAGAUCGAAAACUUUUCUUAAAUUUCUUGUUUUUUAUUCUUGUUUUCUAAAAUUCAUUUCAAACAAAGUUUAUUGUUAGUGACAACUAGUUUAAGUUAAAGUUAGUCACAUCCUAUGAUAAUGAAUCAAAAAUCAAUUUUUGUGGGAUCUCCUACUCAGCGAUGCAUUGUAUGUUUUAAGCUUGGGUGUAAUGAAAACUAUGCAAAGAUUGCUAAUUUGUCGUUCAAAAGGGAAGCACAACAUUGCCCGAUUGUGGUGUCAAAAGAGGAAGGACAUAUUAC